AUGUUGUCAAAAAGUUUGUGUCUCUUAGCAGUUAUUGUGGCGAUCAAUGGCACCCACUAUGACAGCGGAUACUCGACAUCGCACCGAUUACAGGACAACCAUGGAAAUUACAAGUUUGGCUAUAAUAUAAAGGACAAGGAGGGCGGCGAAAAUUCACGAGAGGAAAAGGGUGGUCCACACGGAGGUGUUGUCGGAUCAUACAGUUUGCACACUCCUAAGGGAGGCAAACGCACUGUUCACUAUGUGGCCGAUAAACAAGGAUUUCGAGCACAUGUCGAUACCAAUGAGCCGGGAACUGGUCAUCAGGACGCUGCCGAUGCCAUCUAUAACGGUGUAGACAACACUCACGGCUAUAAUAACGACAAUCAACAUACCUAUCAUCAGAGCCAUAAUGAUUACAACAAUAAUAAUAACAAUCUUAAUGGUUAUAGCGCUCAGGCAUAUUUGGACAAUGAUAAUAAUUAUGAUGGCCAGGGUAUGGGUUUAAAUAAUAACAAUAAUAAUAACAUUGAUGGUCAAGGACCUAUGAUAAACUUUUAA